CUUGCACAAUCAAUCAAUCUUCUAUAAAUUUACUUAACACGCCUUCAUAAUUCUCAUACUAUAUAUACUCCAUACCAUUCCAUCAAUUGUUUCAUCCAAUAUUGCCAACACAAAUAUUACAUCGUCUUCAUAACCAUAUUCAUUCCUGUAUUUUCGUUAAUCUAUUAGAGUAUAUAUUACUUUGUUAUAAUUCAACUUCACUUUGUAUAGUUCAAAUUGUAUUAACUUAUUCCAGUUUUAGGGUUUCUUUGUUGUGAAGAAUAUACAAUUAACAUGAGGAGGGACAUGAUGGAAUUUGAGCGUGUUCUUACUUACUUUGAUGAAGACGGUGACGGAAAGAUUUCGCUGACAGAGUUAAGGAGUCGAAUGACGAAGAUUAGUGGAGAUUUUCAAUUGAAUGAAGCGGAAAUUGCAAUUGAGUCAUUGGAUUCGGAUGGUGAUGGCUUAUUGAGUUUGGAGGAUUUGAUAACGUUUAUGGAAUCAGUGAGCGAGGAUGAAAAAUUGAAGGAUUUGAAAGAAGCAUUUGAAAUGUAUGAUAAUGAAGGGCGUGGAUUCAUCACACCAAAGAGUUUGAAGAGGAUGUUGAAAAAAUUGGGAGAUUCAAAGUCUAUUGAUGAAUGUAAAUUGAUGAUUGGAAGGUUUGAUUUGAAUGGGGAUGGAGUGCUUAAUUUUGAAGAAUUCAGAAUUAUGAUGGAGUGAAUGGUGAUGCUUGUAUCUUUCUUUGGCCCUAGGCUAUCCGGUUUCAUUAAUUAUUUUGUAAUAUAUCAUGCAUAAUUACUUUUAUGCGACUAAUCUGUAUAUUUAUAUAGAUGAUUUUUUUUGUAACGAAAAAUUAUAUUUGGAUAUAUAAAUUCUUGUGGCAAAUACAAGAUCGGAAAAAUACUUAAAUAGACACAAUCAUAACACC